ACAGGCUGACGGAAAAUGGCAGACAUUGAGGGAGAGGGAAUUAAUUCGGUGACACCUCCUUUAGUUCAGCCAUCCUCUCCUAACGGCUCCGGUGCCAGCCCAACGCAGGGCACCGGCAGUUGCCAAACGGUGACUACCGUUACGUCAGGCCCGCGACUGGUGCGGAUAGUCAAGUCUGACUCGGGAUAUGGCUUCAAUGUCCGGGGACAGGUUAGCGAAGGAGGACAACUACGGAGCAUCAACGGGGAAUUGUAUGCCCCGCUACAGCAUGUUAGUGCUGUUUUACCGGGAGGUGCAGCGGACAGAGCCGGUAUCUCGAAAGGGGACCGGAUUCUGGAAGUUAAUAGUGUGAACGUGGAGGGGGCGACCCAUAAGCAGGUGGUGGAUCUGAUCCGUGCGGGGGAGAGGGAGCUGAUGCUGGCCGUACUGUCUGUACCUCCCCAGGAGGCUGACUGUCUGGACCCUGGAGACGACGGCUCAGCCCAGUCCUGCUACGACUACAGCGACAAACAGGCCGUCCCCAUCUCCGUCCCCACAUACAAACACGCUGAACUCAACCAGGAGAGGUUUGUGGUGUAUAAUGUGUACAUGGCAGGCAGACAGCUGUGCUCUAAGAGGUACAGGGAGUUUGCUAUCCUCAACCAGAACCUGAAGAGAGAGUUUGCCAACUACACCUUCCCCAAAAUACCUGGCAAAUGGCCUUUUUCCCUGUCUGAACAACAACUAGACGCUAGACGCAGGGGACUGGAGGAAUACCUGGAGAAAGUGUGUUCAGUGAGGGUGUUUGGGGAGAGUGAUGUCAUGCAGGAGUUUCUGUCUGACGAGUCUGAUGAGAACUAUAACGGCGUAUCAGAUGUGGAGUUGAGGAUAGCCAUGCCUGAUAAAACCACCGUCACAGUCCGAGUCCGCAAGAACUGUACAACUGACCAGGUCUACCAGGCUGUGGUCAUGACAGUAGGAAUGGACAGCAUAACGGCCAGCUACUUUGCUCUGUUUGAGGUCAUCAACCACUCCUUUGUGCGUAAACUGGCUCCUAAUGAGUUCCCCCACAAGCUGUAUGUUCAGAACUACACGUCUGCUGUCCCUGGGACCUGCCUCACCCUGCGCAAGUGGCUCUUCACCGCCGAGGAGGAGAUCCUGCUCAAUGACAACCAACUGGCCGUCAGCUACUGCUUCCACCAGGCGGUGGAUGAUGUGAAAAGGGGAUUUAUCAAGGCAGAGGAGAAGUCCUACCAGCUACAGAAAUUAGCAGAACAGAAGAAGAUGGCCAUGUAUCUCAGUAUGUUACGGGGCUGUGAAGGCUACAAUGAGAUCAUCUUCCCACACUGCUCCUGUGACUCCCGACGCAAAGGCCACGUCGUCACAGCCAUCAGCAUACACCACUUUAAACUGCACGCCUGCACAGAGGAGGGAACGCUAGAGAACCAGGUGAUCGUGUUUGAGUGGGUGGAGAUGCAGCACUGGGACACUGAUGAGGAGGGCAUGGCCUUCUGCUUCCAGUACGCCAGAGCAGAGAAGAAACCUCGCUGGGUCAAGAUCUUUACUCCCUACUUCAACUACCUGCAUGAGUGCGUUGAGAGAGUCUUCUGUGAACUCAAGUGGAGGAAAGAGGUGGAAGAGGAGGCUGUGGAUAAGGACAAUAAGAACUGCAAUAAAGAAGAAUAUCUUCCAGCUGUUGAGACACAGAAGGGAUGGAGGCACCUAGGAGGAGAGAUCAUCACCUCCUAAACAUGCUCUCCUCCAUCCGUCCCUCUGGUCUGGUUCGGCCCGGAACUACCACCACUACCUGUC